AAAGCUGUGUCGAUUUCGAUUUCGAUUCAUUUUCGCUACUAAGUGACUGUGUGCGUGUGUGCGCGCUUAUAUAUUUAUUUUUCAUCCGCGUGGAGCGCAGUGGCAGCGGCUACAAUAGAUCGGGCAUAAGGUGAACAGUUCCUUCAGACUGCGUUUUUAUAUUUGCUUGCGACGCAGCUGAAUAUAAUUUACACACCUUGUCAAUUACUAUAAAAUUGAUUUACUUUAUUUACCUUCAACGGCUUUUCAAGGCCGUACAAUUAUGGAUCUAUAUGCCAAUAGCGCCAAUACAGCCAGCAGCAGCAGCAGCAACACCAACAAUGAGUCCAACACCCCCGCCAGCAUCAACAACACCAGCAGCAGCAGCAGCAGCAACAUCAACAACACAGCAGCAGCACACAGCAGCAACAGCACAACAGCAGCAGCAGCAGCAGAAACAAAAUUUGAAGAUUUUGUAGCUACAAGUCUCUAUCAAUCUAUGCGCAGCGCUGUUGGUCCUGCCUGUGAAGUUGCAACAAGCUGGGGCAACAGCGCUGCGCAUAAUAAUUAUCCCAAUUUGGGAAAACGCAAACGCAGCACAUCGUCGAGCACUAAGGACCCCGAACUCGGCUUUGAGCCACCAUCGGCGAAGCGUCAACAGCGCGUGCCCACGGCGCAGGCUUAUGGCAGCGAUCAGAGCAACCAAUCGUCGGUGGCAUCGUCGGACUAUAACUCACCGCUGACAGCGACAAGCGAUGUGCAUGAGCUGCUCAGCAUACGCAGCUCACCCGCCGAGGAGUUGCCCGAGGCGCCGCACAGUCCGCUGCCCGACAGUCCAGACAGUCCGCCGAGUCCGGAUCGCGGUGUUGUCAAGCAGCAGGCGGUGGUGGUGCGCUAUGCUGCUGAGAUCAAGGCUGUGGAGAGUGAUGAGCACGUGGAUGAGCUGGAUGACAGCAGUGAGGAUUAUUCCUUUGACGAAGAGGAGGAGCUCGAUGAUGAUGAUGAGGAGGAGGAAAUCAACUCAUCUAGCGUAUCACCUGCCAGCUCUACGGCCACUGGCUGCAGUCAGAAUGGCGAGCGCACACCAGCAACACAACAUCAGCAGCAGCAGCAGCAUCAGCAGCUGCAACACCAACAGUUGCCGCCAACAAGCAGCAAACUGCGCAAGCUGCAGGCUGACUUGGAUUACACGCUGACCAACAGCUACGAGUGCAUGUCGCCCGCCGUGGAACACACCGUGCGUCAGUGUCCGCUGCCCGCGCUCUCCUGGGCCAAUGCGGCCGAUGUCUGGCGACGCAUGUGCGAGCGGGAUACGCAGGCGGCGAGCAUGCGGAGCAGCAGCAUGCUGGAGCAGCAUCCAGGAUUGCAGCCACGCAUGCGCGCCAUACUGCUGGACUGGCUGAUCGAGGUCUGCGAGGUGUACAAGCUGCAUCGCGAGACUUAUUAUCUGGCCUUUGACUAUCUGGAUCGCUAUUUGCAUGUGGCGCGCAAGGUGCAGAAGACGCAGCUGCAGCUCAUUGGCAUUACCUGUCUGUUUAUGGCCGCCAAGGUGGAGGAGAUAUAUCCGCCCAAGAUCUGUGAAUUUGCCUAUGUCACCGAUGGCGCCUGCACUGAGCACGAUAUACUGCAGAACGAGAAGCUGUUGCUGCAGGCGCUCGAUUGGGACAUUUGUCCCAUCACCAUCACCGGCUGGCUGGGCAUCUAUAUGCAGCUCAAUGUGAACAAUCGCUCGCCGGACUCGUUUGAGAACAAACCGUCGACGUCAUCGUCGUCGUCGUCGUCUGCUGCGGCUGUUGAUGAUGCCUUCAUUUAUCCACAAUUCUCUGGAUAUGAGUUCGUGCAGACAUCGCAGCUGUUGGAUCUAUGCACACUGGACGUGGGCAUGGCCAAUUAUUCCUACUCUGUUUUGGCUGCAGCAGCCAUUAGUCAUACAUUCUCACGUGAGACCGCCUUGCGUUGCUCUGGGCUGGACUGGCAAGUGGUGCAGCCCUGCGCGCGCUGGAUGGAGCCCUUCUUCCAGGUCAUUUCCAAGACGGCACCCUAUCUACAAUCGAAUGAGCAAAACGAGCAGGUUACCAACAAAUUUGGACUGGCGCAUGUUUGCCCCAAUAUCGUAACCGACGACUCGCACAUCAUACAAACGCACUCAACCACAAUGGAUAUGUAUGAUGAGCUGCUUAUGAUGCAAAAUGCGUUGCAUGCAAUGCGAGCCAGAACUCAGGCCUCGCCAGCCACAGCGAAAUUGCUUGCGCCCGAUAAUCUACUGACGCCGCCAGCCUCUAGUCACAAGCCGGAUGAUUUCCUGGGUGAUGAGGAGGAAGUAGCGGCCAGUAGCGUGGCAGUCACACAGAUUAGCAGUAGCAGUCAUCAUAAGCAAACUAUUGUGAGCAGCAGCAGCAGCAGCAGCAGCAGCGGAGGUGGCACACGCACUUAGCCGCUCUCUCGUACUAAUUGUCAUACACACACGCCCGCCCUAACAGUCUUAAACGUUAAGUGUUUCAAUUAUUAUUAGCGUAUAUAUAUAGUAUGAUAAAUUAUUUAUGUCUUAAGUGAAAGUUAUUAGUUGGCUAAAGUUCUCAAAAACCAAUUUAAAUUGAAAUUUAUUCUUGUGCUCUAUUACUUCUUUUAAUUUAAA